AUGAUUCGCGCCCUCAUAAAGCAGCAGCCCCGUCGGGCCAUGCUCUACCUCGCCGUCUUCGCCUCCCUCUUCUUUACCCUCGCCCACCUCUUCCUCCGCGAUGACGAUCUCCUCCCCGCCCGCGUCUUCGAGGACUUCCCCCACCACGGCCUCUGCGCCGCCCACGGCUUCGACACCUUCCCGGCCGCCGCCUCGGGCCCCCCCAGCCGCAAGGUCUACGACCUCACCAUGAUCAACACCGAGCUCGACUGGCUCGAGAUCCGCCUCGACGCCCUCUACGACGCCGUUGACGUCUUCAUCAUUGUCGAGUCCCCCAUCAACUUCCACGGCCACGCCAAGCCCAUGCACCUGCGCGACAGCUGGGACCGCUUCGCCAAGUACCACGACAAGAUGCUCUACCACGAGCUCGAGUUCUCCGGCAGCUUCCGCCCCGAGCGCACCUGGGACAUUGAGUCGCUGCAGCGCGACGCCAGCUACGAGCAGGUCUUUCCCAAGCUGACCGGCGACCGCGCCCCCCGCCUCGGCGACGUCCUCGUCGUCGCCGACGUCGACGAGAUUCCCCGCCCCGACACCAUCCACACCCUGCGCGCCUGCAACUUCCCCCGCAGGCUCACCCUCUUCUCCCGCUUCUACUACUACUCCUUUCAGUUCCAGAGCGUCGGCCCCGAGUGGCACCACCCCCAGGCUACCUACUUCGACGCAGAAAAGACGCUCAAACCAAACGACCUCCGCGGCAGCGGCGGCGGCAACUACUACUCCCGUAAGAAGGAGUCGGGCAGCUACGCCAACUCGAGCUGGCACUGCAGCAGCUGCUUCGACUCGGUCGACCAGUUCCUCAACAAGAUGGCCUCCUUCUCCCACAGUUGGAUGAACGGGCCCCAGUACCGGAACCCGGACCACAUCGCCAGCGCCGUCCGCGAUGGGCAGGACAUCUGGGGCCGCAAGUCGUCGACCUUUGAGAGGCUCGACAACAACCAGGACCUUCCUCCCCUCGUUAAGGGCGACGAGCGUUUCAUAUAUCUAAAAGAUCGCAGCGGCGAGUCUGCUGGCUUGAAGGAUUAUCCAUGA